AUGAGUCUUCCUCUUGAUCGUCAUCCACAACGAGUGCAAUCACUAUACUAUGCAGAGACAUCUUCUAUCAAUUAUCUAUCAGCACCAGCCUCCCCUGGAAUACCCACGCCCCAACGAGGAUUGAAUCCAAUGCGUGCAACUCAAAUUGCUGUUCGUGCUCGUCGUGCUCGUGAACGAAAUCGUCACAACCAACACCAUGGUGAAUCAUCUGAUAUACGAGAUUCACUGCUAGAUACUCCGCUACCGCUCUAUUGUCCUUCAUCAGCCAUGCAAUCUACAGAUACCAUUCAAGCCACGCCAAUGGCAUCUUCAAUUAGCUCCUCAAACCCAUCGGUCACCGCCAGCAGCGAGAAACAACUCAUCCGCCUCGCCAGUACACAAGCCAGCAGCAGCCAUUUUGAAAGUGGCAGCAGCAUUGUGGCUAGGAAUGGCGUCAAUCAUAACGAUCGUAGCGACUCUUUUUUUGCUACAGAAAUGUAUGGGCGAGUUGCUGGUCAUAGUCAACCUAUUGGUGUAAUUUCCGCCACAUAUCCAAGCACAUGUCCUGAAUUGAAUUGCACAUCACCCACCACAAUCCAACCAACCAUUCGAACAUCCUCCAUCACAGAUGUAGGCGCUGCAGCCAAUGAUAUGAUCCCAUCAGGCAUUGGCUCUAUUUCUUCCACUGACACUCGAACUAUAGCGGCAGCACAUACUUUAUCUUAUACUACCAAUGUGGCUACACAUACCACUUUAAAAUCUAAUCUACGAAUAGAAACCACUGGUCCGUCGACUACUCCAUGUGCUCCUUUAGCAUCGCCAACACCUAUUUUAAGCAUCGCUCCUGGCGUAUUAGAAACAACAUCAACUUAUUUCAACGAACCAACCUGCCCUGUAUCAAGCGAUCUCGUCUUUUCAUCGAUUAAUAUAUCGCUUUUGGAAACCAAUUUGCUCACCAUUAGCAGCUACGCGGACAAUGCAUCGCCACUAAUGGACCUAAAUCUCGUCCAGGACCUCGUGCGACCUGUUAUCAAACACCAUUGGCCACUAGGAAUCUCUGAUGAAUACAUACACGGCCAGUCUGCCACAUUUCGACUUAAAAAAGAUCCGUGGAUGGAUCAAGGCACGCCUGAAUUUAUCCUGUCGAGUCGGAUGCUGAUUCUAGGACUGUUGAAAGUACUAACAGCCAAUGGAUGGUUUAUGCUGUCUUCGUGUUCACCAAUGUACUGCGUAUCGGAAAAGCAUACUAUGUAUUUUGGAAAAUAUAAUAAUCCCAAUGACUCGAUACUAAAACAGUAUUUGCAUCCACAAUCUUCUAGCUCUUCAAUUCAACCCAUGCCAACCUUGGUAGAAAGUCCAACUGAAAGCAAUAAUCCAGUUCCCUCUUUAAACCAUCAAUCAGGAUAUGCUUCAAGUCCACCCAUACCAUCGACUCGAGAUGUUUCGACUUUGGUGAUAAACACGAAUUCACCCAUUACACCAAAGUUGGUGCCAUUAUCCCUAGCCACGUUGAAAGAUAAAAAGCCUAGCUUGUUGACUUUGUUGGUAUCCAAGAUGCCAUGGACAGACACGUCGAGUAGUUUAGCGUCUCCAGUAGUUGAACAACCUUCCAACUCUUUAGUGCAUCCUUUAAUUGCACAAACCAGUUUGUCUGAAUUAAUGUGGGACCAAGCAGACAUGUUUUCCAUUAGCUUUCGUGCCCCAUAUAGACUUCAGAUCAUUGGGCUCACUGAUUCAUUAGUAAUUCCCAGCAUUCGAAAGCACAUUCAAAUUGUAUGGGCAGAUGGGAUUGCAGCUGAAUCCCACGACUCGCAAUCAGGAGUAUUUGAGUUUAUGCUCAAUUCAUCACGAGAUGGUGGAAAAGGUGGUACAACAGCGAUUGCAUCACCGUCUCGGGCAGUAUUUUCUCCAGCAGAAAGCGUGCUAGGUCACAGACUUAUGGCUCGGUUGGUCAUGGUGCUUCGUGAAUUGCACAAUUAUGCCUUGUAUACAAGCAUUCGGUUUGCCGAACAACCUUUGGCAUCUAUUGGUGGUAGUUCCAACACAGUUUAUUUUAAUGGACUGCAAAAGUUUUGUGCAUCUUCGCCUGCUACUACAUUCUCGACAUCAAAAAAUACAUGCUCCGAUUCCUUCAUUGUGUUUUGUCGUGCCACAUCCAAGACCAUGCCACUUCAUGCUCAAAAAGUUGUCAUGACAACAAACUCGAGUUUACCCCUUGUACCAAAUACAUCUGCGACUACAACCCACUCACCUAUAGAUAUCACCGAUACAAUUUUUGAUGAUACAGAUGACGAGGCACCAGAGGAAGAAAAUGAAACUGCUGAUGACGAACAUCCAACAGCUGCAAUGAUCAAUGCAUACAUAUCUCCUCGAGCAUCCUUGGUUCAAUCACCACCGCGCAUAAUGCGAUCUUUUGGUAUCUAUAUCUAUGGCAGCAACAAUAUUCGCACAACCACUCUUCACAAAUCCUACAUUACAUGUAUAAGUAGCCAUCUUGCUCACCUUUCGCAAGUGAUUAAGCAUGGGCGAAUCCUUGUUACACCUCAACGACAUGAUCGGGUGGUAUCGCAAAGCAUUCAUUUUUUUCGUUUAAAAGGAUCACCUUUCCAACCCACUCUAAUCUCAGGACCAGUUUUGCAUACCAUUGCUGCUAUUCUACAAUGCGAUUUAAUGCGUGUUAGGAUCUUGGUUGGUGUGCUAGACGGACUAUAUUGCGAUACGUAUAUGCGGCCUGUUGGGGUAUGCAACAUCAUCAACGAUUGCGGAGGCGAUUUGCCAAUGCUAAUUGUUGAAAGAGAUCGAGAUAUAGCGGAUUACUGGAUUGAAAAAGAAAAGGAAACGAAUCACAAAGAGGACAAUGGUUGUAAAAAUAAUCCACCCGUUUCGAUUGUAUUCGCAUUAGCCUUUUUAGUAUCAGAUUCAAUUGAAAUGGUGCUGCCUUUUGAAAUACCUAAAAUAUCAAAUCCGGCUAAUGGAAGUCAUAGCACAAAAGAGGCGGGAAUGCAAUCUAGUGUCUUUCUCGCUCGUCGUGCCAUUUCAGUGGUUCAAGAUGUUGUAUCAAAAUUCGUAAAUGCAGCACCUUCCAUUAAAGCAAAUUACAAAAUAUCUACUUAUGCCAAUCCGGCCAGCUCUAAAAAAGUUACAACGCAUGUUACUUGGAAAAUAGGAGGAACUCCCUGGGAGACAACAAUUGAUAUGACCGAAAAGCAAAUGACUGAUCAUACUACAAAGGCUAGAGAUCUAGUUGGUGCAUUAGUGAAAGCGCUGUUCAAGACUGGGUUUGGCGUGGGUAUUGCAGCAAAUAUCUCGACCAAGAUUCCUGGAAACGAUACUUUAUUUUUUUCUGCUUCGUCAAUCUCUGUCAAAAGCAUGGAUACUAUUCAAGAGUCAUGCCAGUAA